ACUGGAAGCUACUAGAGCAUAAAUAGGCUGGCGGCUGGCCCCUUCUGCAGCUACCCGCCUGGCGCCUAGUGCCCUGGCCAGUAUACAGCGAGGACAUCGUCACCUCGCAGCGCCACAACGCCGGGGCGGAGAUGGGCUCCCCCUCCUACCGUCUCGCGGCGGCGAUCACGAUCCCUUCCACCGACGAGUUCCUCCUCGUCCGCCAGCCGCCGCCGCCGUCCCCAGCGCCCGCACCGGAGGAGGAGGAAUACCUAUACCGGGGCUACGUCGACAGCGAGCUCUACGACCUCCCGUCGGCACCCCUGCGGCCCCUGGCGGGUGAGCUCCGGUCGGAUGUGGCCAUCCGCGGCGCGGACUCCGUCGCCGGCCGGCUCGACAUCUCGCGCCUCGACGUGUCCGCCUCCCUCGACCAGAUUUGCGAUCAAUUCGGUUUGCCGAGUGGAAUUUGCGGGGAGUGGAGGCUCCUGAAGUAUGUGGAGGAAGCGGAGUUUGGCCCAGAUGCUGGGCUCAACACGGUGCUCAUCAUCGGUUCAUUGGAGUCAAAACUGGAGGCGUUGCAAGACUCCUGGAGGUGGAUGUCCAAGGAAUGUGCUUCGGGAUUGCUCUCUGGAGCAAAGUCCGGUGGUACUCGCAUAGGGCCCUAUGCGUAUAUUGGACUUCUGAAGCCAGAGCUGCCAUCAAACUGGACAGUUGCCCCUGCAUUGCCUUGCCAGGAGUACCCUCCUGGAAUAAAACUUGUGCCGAUGAAGAGUAACACAUUACAGCCCUUCCGUACAACUAAUCUUGUGGUAGUAGUAGCAACCGAUACUCCUGGUGGAUCAACAUGUUCUGAUUGUGUUGUUUAUGGGGAUGCUCUACUAAUAGAUCCUGGAUGCUGCUCACAAGUUCAUGGAAAGCUUGCAGAACUUGUUAAUUCCCUUCCAAAGAAGUUAGUGGUCCUUGUUACACAUCAUCAUCAUGAUCAUGUUGAUGGUCUCUCUGUUGUUCAGAGAUGCAACCCUGAUGCUGUUCUUUUGACACACAAAAAUACAAUGAGUCGCAUUGGGAAAGGAAAUUGGUCAAUUGGCUAUACUGCAGUAGCUGGGGGAGAAAAUAUAUGCAUAGGUGACCAACAACUGCAAGUUGUUUUUGCUCCUGGUCAUACAGAUGGUCACAUGGGGGUUUUACAUGUUAAUACCAAUGCAUUAAUUGUUGGAGAUCACUGUGUAGGGCAAGGAAGUGCAACAUUGGACAAUAGAGCUGGUGGCAACAUGAAGGACUACUUUCAAACUACAUACAAUUUCUUGGACAUGUCACCGCACGUGCUGAUUCCAAUGCAUGGAAGAAUCAACCUAUGGCCCAAACAUAUGCUUUGUGGAUACCUCAGGCACCGAAGGGCAAGGGAAGUGUCCAUUCUACAGUCUAUAGAGAAUGGGGCUCGGACUCUGUUUGACAUAGUUUCAAAAACUUAUGCUGAUGUAGAUAGGAAAUUAUGGAUUCCUGCUUCUUUCAAUGUUCGCCUUCAUGUUGAUCAUCUGAACUCCCAAAAUAAACUACCUAAGAGCUUUUCGAUGGACAAGUUUGAAGUGAGCUGUGGAACAAACUUCAUGCUGUGGUGGGCGGUGGCGUAUGUGCAAGCCAGGAGCUCACCAGCUAUCCUUGCGGCAACUGCCCUUGCCGGUGGUUUGGCAAUUGCUUACGCUCUCAAAAGGAACAGCGGCAACGAACCGUAAGGAUUCUCCGAUACGACUUCAAAGCACGAAGUAUCUAUUUUAAUGCAGAAAGGAAGCUUUUCUCAAAAUAAAAUAAAAUAAAGUUUGAUCUUAUAAUUAAUUUUAGAGUUUCUUUGCCACUUUCAAUAGGGAUGAGAAGUUGUCUUUUUCCUUUUUCAUGGAGGGAGUACUCCAUACUGUACACUACAGUGCUACCCAUUUCAUUGAAUAUAUUGACCCGGAUUCUGAUCCUGAUGUAUAAAACCA